AACCCCUCCACCACCAAGGCCUGUGCCAGUCCCACCUCGUCCCAACCCCGCAUGCAAUCCGGCAUGCGCACCACAGUGCUGCAUGCCUAUGUCAUAUUCAUACCCCGCACCCUACCCCGCACCGAUGCCGUAUUCAUAUCCCGCCCCUUCACCGCCAAAUUACAUCACGAUGGGACCUGCCGCUCCAAGUGGAUGCGGAGGUUACCCCGGAUACCCGGGAUAUCCCUGUGGUGGCAGCCCGGGAACAGUAGCUCCGGUAGUACCCCCGAAACCCGCCACUGCAAAGCCAAAGAAACCUUGUUCGCCGAUCUGUCUCAAGUUCUGUCUGACCAUCUGCCCUAAUGAAUGCUGUAAUGCUAAGGUCACAGGCGUGCAAGUCGUUAAACCGUCACCUUCAACGUCUGUCACAGUAGCUACACCAUCCGCUGCCUCGUGCCCAGCUAACUGUGCCCAGAUAUGUGCAACUCCCUGUCCUCAGAGUUGUUGCUCAGGAGGUAAACCUGGAAGCACAGCAGCACCUAGCACAGCCACUGGUCCAGCGACUACCGCUACCACAGGACGCCCCACACCUGCCCCCACCACAAAGAACCCAAAGCCUGUUUCCUGUGCGGCACCUGCCUGCGCUCCUCAGACCUGCUUGCCGUCGUGCCCCAAGCCUUGCUGUGACAAACCCUUUAAUGAUAUGGAGCUGGUUGCUGGCUGCCCUAGAGUGUGCUACAAACGCUGUGAUCAGAGAUGCCCCAGGCGCUGCUGCGGUCCUCAUCCACCACUCAAGGGUAUUGGACACAGGCCCAAAAUCAAUGACAUCGUACAGUCCCCCGACUGCCCAAAGAUUUGCGCCGAUGUAUGCGCCCUUGAGUGCCCUCACAGGUGCUGCGGUCCUGGCUCCAUGAGGAGGUCCUUUAUUUCGAAAGCGAUACCUCGUUUGGCUUACAUGAAAAAUCAGUAUGCUUAUGGUCAAACAAGGAACCAGAUUCCUUUUCAGUCACGGUACAGCAACACAAGACGAUUUGGAUUGAAGAAACGAGAAACAAAGCACUAUUAAACUACCCCGAAGAAUUUAUGUAGGUGUACCCCUCAAGUGAGUAGUUUGCAAGUAGUUCGGUUCUGGUUACCAACGUUAAGAGGCAAAAGAAAGAAGAGUAGAAAAAAAGAGAUGUAAACUGGAACAGGCACUUAGCAGAAACUGUUUGUAGUAUUUUUGUAUGACACGUAGCAGUUUUUAAGAACGUUCUUGUUGAGUGGUUUCCAACAAAAAAAGACAGGAUAUUUCCGAUGAAGAUAGGAGAAAGAAUAUUAUCUUUAAGAGAGUACUAGUUUGCCUCAUUUAUCUACAUUAUUUAACUAUGCGACACAACACCAUGCGUACAUCAUGUCAUGCAUAAAUUAGCGACGCAUACAUCAUGAAUACAUAUCAUAAAUGCACACAUUAUGUCAUGAAUAUAAUCGUCCAACGCGAAUAUCAUUAACUGCAUGUAUUUUAUCAUGCAUAUAUUACUGCAUGUGUAUUUGACAUGCGUAUAUUCACGCCUUUUUACUCGUGUACAUACCAAGAGGGCAUGCAGGCAACCAACUUGUGUGCUAAUUUCGUUUGUUACGAACUGUAAAUAUACCUCUCCUGGCAAAGGGUAAGGUAGAUUUGGAAAAGCUUGCAUUGACGAGCAGUUAAGAUCUAAGGGUUAAACUAAUAAAACAAAAUGUAUAAAUCUGAA